GCUGGAGUUUUUGCAGCGCUUGGCCGGGCUUCAAUGCACAGCAGCAGCGAGCCGCGGCGGCAGCAGGCAGCCCGGGAGCUCCGGCGGCGGCCGAGCCAGCGGCGGCCCCGCUCCCUGCCCCCUGCAAACUUUGCGAGCAGCCCGCCCGGGGGGCCGGGGGCGCGCCCGGGAAGCUCGGCUUGGACCAUAGCCUCGCUCUUGGCCGCCGCAGCGCCAACCGCCGCCGUCGCUGCUAUCACGGCAUAUCCGUGCCUCCCCCGGGAGAAGUCGGCGGCUCCCGCGGCCCCCAGCCCCGGCCCCUGGGCACUGCCCGGCUAGUCCCCGGGCAGGGGUGGGGGCAACAGCGGCGUGUCCGGCCCUGGGCUGCCAGGAGGUGGACACCACUGCCCAGGGAGACACGCAGAGGCUCGGAGAGCGCUCCCCGGCGGGUCCCCAACGCACUCGCCGCCGCGCCCGGGCAGCAGCCCGACCCGGCUAGCAUGGGCGGCGCGGAGUGACGCCGCCGUGCCCGCUUGGCAUCAAGGACAUUCAGCCCGCGGGGGUGGGGACGAAGGGGGGCAGCCCCGCGUCGCCGCCGCAGCCCCUGAGAGCCACCACUGUCGCUGCUUGGGCUCCGAGGCUGGGUGGAGGAAAGGGGUGCUUGGAAUCGAUCCACAUUUUCUGACCUUUUUGUUGGACAUUACGCCCACCUUGGACGCUGCAAGAGGAGCUGUCAAGCCCAGCAGGCUCUGAUUUGGCCCCCUCCGUUUUCCUCUGCUGCUCGUGGCUUCCCGGUGCCUCGGUGGAGUAUUUGCGUUCGGGGCUGGGGCUGGAGGAGGCAGCCACACGCGCGCACACGCACACGUUCAGAGGAGGGCGAGAGGCAGCGGUACAGGCACCAUCUGCAGUGUCAAUGCGGCGCUGGGGCUGAAGGAGGGAAACGCCGCUCUUCCAGCCCGCGUGUUCAGAGUGUCCUACAAACCUACCAAAGGGAGAAAUACGUUGGAAAUCUUCCAGAAGGAGAGGGACAAGGAGCAAACACUCUGGAACAAGGAGGCCUUAAGUGCAGGGGAGACUGCCCUGCUGAGUCCUGGCCCUCCAGAGGGACGGCUGUGCUGGUUGCUGCUGUGUUGAAAGGACCCCUCUCGGAGAUGAAAGCCAUGCCCUGGAACUGGACCUGCCUGUUGUCCCACCUCCUGGUGGUAGGGAUGGGCUCCUCCACUCUGCUUUCACGGCAGCCACCACAGCUGUCUCAAAAGCGUUCUUUGGUCACAUUCCGAGGGGAGCCCGCUGAGGGCUUCAAUCACCUUGUGGUGGACGAGAGGACAGGACACAUUUACUUGGGGGCUGUCAACAGGAUCUACAAACUCUCUAGUGACCUUAAGGUCUUGGUAACUCAUCAGACAGGGCCAGAUGAGGACAACCCCAAGUGUUACCCACCUCGUAUUGUUCAGACCUGCAAUGAGCCCUUGGCCAGCACCAAUAAUGUCAACAAGAUGCUGCUUAUAGACUACAAAGAAAACAGGCUGAUUGCAUGUGGGAGCUUGUACCAGGGUAUCUGCAAGCUCCUCAGGCUAGAGGACCUCUUCAAGUUGGGAGAGCCUUUCCACAAGAAGGAACAUUACCUCUCGGGGGUUAAUGAGAGUGGCUCAGUCUUUGGGGUGAUUGUCUCCUAUAGCAAUUUGGAUGAUAAACUCUUUAUUGCCACUGCAGUGGAUGGCAAGCCUGAAUAUUUUCCUACCAUCUCUAGCCGGAAGCUGACUAAGAACUCUGAGGCAGAUGGCAUGUUUGCUUAUGUUUUCCAUGAUGAAUUUGUGGCCUCUAUGAUCAAGAUCCCUUCAGACACCUUCACUGUUAUCCCUGACUUUGACAUCUACUAUGUCUAUGGCUUCAGCAGUGGCAACUUUGUCUACUUUUUGACCCUUCAGCCAGAGAUGGUGUCUCCCCCAGGCUCUACAACAAAGGAACAGGUGUACACAUCAAAGCUUGUGAGGCUUUGCAAAGAGGACACAGCCUUCAACUCCUACGUGGAGGUGCCCAUUGGCUGCGAGCGCAGUGGGGUGGAAUAUCGCUUGUUACAGGCUGCCUACCUGUCUAAAGCUGGUGCUGUGCUGGGCCGGACCCUGGGAGUCCGUCCAGAUGCUGACCUCCUCUUCACUGUCUUCUCCAAGGGCCAGAAGCGGAAGAUGAAAUCUCUGGAUGAGUCUGCCCUGUGCAUCUUCAUCUUGAAACAGAUCAAUGACCGCAUUAAGGAGCGCCUACAGUCCUGUUACCGAGGCGAGGGGACACUGGACCUGGCCUGGCUCAAGGUGAAGGACAUCCCUUGCAGCAGUGCGCUCCUAACCAUUGAUGACAACUUCUGUGGCCUGGAUAUGAAUGCCCCUCUGGGAGUGUCUGAAAUGGUACGUGGCAUCCCGGUCUUCACGGAGGACAGGGACCGCAUGACUUCUGUCAUCGCGUAUGUCUACAAGAAUCACUCUCUGGCCUUCGUGGGCACCAAAAGUGGCAAGCUAAAGAAGAUCCGGGUGGAUGGGCCCAAGGGCAAUGCCCUCCAGUAUGAGACUGUGCAGGUGGUGGACCCAGGCCCAGUUCUCCGGGACAUGGCCUUUUCCAAGGACCACGAGCAACUCUACAUCAUGUCAGAAAGGCAGCUUACCAGAGUUCCUGUGGAGUCCUGUGGGCAGUAUCGGAGCUGUGGCGAGUGUCUUGGCUCAGGUGACCCCCACUGCGGCUGGUGUGUGCUCCACAACACGUGCACACGGAAGGAACGAUGUGAGCGCUCCAGGGAACCCCGAAGGUUUGCCUCAGAGAUGAAGCAGUGUGUCCGGCUGACGGUCCAUCCCAACAACAUCUCUGUCUCUCAGUACAAUGUGCUGCUGGUCCUAGAGACAUACAAUGUCCCGGAGCUGUCAGCAGGUGUCAACUGUACCUUUGAGGAUCUGUCAGAGAUGGAUGGGCUGGUAAUAGGCAAUCAGAUCCAGUGCUACUCCCCUGCAGCCAAGGAGGUGCCCCGCAUCAUCACAGAAAAUGGAGACCAUCAUGUUGUCCAGCUACAGCUCAAGUCAAAGGAGACAGGCGUGACCUUCGCCAGCACCAGCUUUGUCUUCUACAACUGCAGUGUCCACAACUCAUGUCUGUCCUGUGUGGAGAGCCCAUACCGCUGCCACUGGUGUAAAUACCGGCAUGUUUGCACUCAUGACCCCAACACAUGCUCCUUCCAGGAAGGCCGAGUGAAGCUGCCCGAGGACUGUCCCCAGCUGCUGCGAGUGGACAAGAUCCUGGUACCAGUCGAGGUGAUCAAACCCAUCACUCUGAAGGCUAAGAACCUCCCACAGCCUCAGUCAGGACAGCGAGGCUAUGAGUGCAUCUUGAACAUCCAGGGCACUGAACAGAGGGUUCCAGCUCUACGCUUCAACAGCUCCAGUGUGCAAUGUCAGAACACCUCUUAUUCCUAUGAAGGGAUGGAGAUCAACAACCUGCCAGUGGAGUUGACAGUCGUGUGGAAUGGACACUUCAACAUUGACAACCCAGCUCAGAAUAAAGUUUACCUCUACAAGUGUGGGGCCAUGCGUGAGAGCUGUGGACUGUGCCUCAAGGCUGAUCCAGAUUUUGAGUGUGGCUGGUGUCAGAGCCCAGGCCAGUGCACCCUGCGCCAGCACUGUCCUGCCCAUGAGAGCCGGUGGCUGGAACUGUCAGGCGCCAACAGCAAGUGCACCAACCCUCGGAUCACAGAGAUCAUUCCAGUGACAGGCCCUCGGGAAGGGGGCACCAAGGUCACCAUCCGAGGGGAGAACCUGGGUCUGGAGUUCCGGGACAUCGCUUCACAUGUCAAGGUGGCUGGUGUGGAAUGCAGCCCAUUGGUGGACGGCUACAUCCCUGCCGAACAGAUCGUGUGUGAGAUGGGAGAGGCCAAGCCCAGCCAGCAUGCAGGCUUCGUGGAGAUCUGUGUGGCUGUGUGUCGACCCGAGUUCAUGGCCCGCUCCUCACAGCUCUAUUAUUUCAUGACUCUGACCCUGGCAGACCUGAAGCCCAGUCGGGGACCCAUGUCUGGGGGCACACAGGUUACCAUCACAGGCACCAACUUGAAUGCAGGCAGCAAUGUGGUGGUGAUGUUCGGGAGCCAGCCAUGCCUCUUCCACAGGCGCUCACCAUCCUACAUUAUCUGUAACACUACAUCCUCAGAUGAGGUGUUGGACAUGAAGGUGACUGUGCAGGUGGACAGGGCCAGGAUCCGGCAGGACCUGGUCUUUCAGUAUGUUGAGGACCCUACCAUCGUGCGUAUUGAGCCAGAGUGGAGCAUUGUCAGUGGGAACACACCUAUCGCUGUCUGGGGAACUCACCUGGACCUCAUACAGAACCCCCAGAUCCGUGCCAAGCAUGGAGGGAAAGAACACAUCAAUAUCUGUGAGGUCCUGAAUGCUACUGAGAUGACCUGCCAGGCUCCAGCCCUUGCCCUGGGUCCUGACCACCAGUCAGAUCUCACUGAAAGGCCUGAAGAAUUUGGUUUCAUCCUGGACAAUGUCCAGUCUCUGUUAAUUCUCAACAAGACCAACUUCACUUACUAUCCUAACCCUGUGUUUGAGGCUUUCAGUCCCUCGGGAAUCCUGGAGCUCAAGCCUGGCACCCCCAUCAUCCUAAAGGGCAAGAACCUGAUCCCACCUGUGGCUGGAGGCAAUGUGAAGCUGAACUACACCGUGCUGGUUGGAGAGAAGCCGUGCACCGUGACAGUGUCAGAUGUGCAGUUACUUUGCGAGUCUCCCAACCUCAUCGGCAGGCACAAAGUGAUGGCACGGGUGGGUGGCAUGGAGUAUUCCCCUGGGAUGGUGUACAUUGCCCCGGACAGCCCACUCAGCCUGCCUGCCAUCGUCAGCAUUGCAGUAGCUGGUGGUCUCCUCAUCAUCUUCAUUGUGGCGGUGCUCAUUGCCUACAAACGCAAGUCCCGGGAAAGUGACCUCACUCUGAAGCGUCUCCAGAUGCAGAUGGACAACCUCGAGUCCCGUGUGGCCCUGGAGUGCAAGGAAGCUUUUGCAGAGCUGCAGACAGAUAUCCAUGAGCUUACCAGUGACCUGGAUGGAGCUGGGAUUCCCUUCCUGGACUACAGGACCUAUACCAUGCGGGUACUUUUCCCAGGGAUUGAAGACCAUCCUGUGCUACGGGACCUUGAGGUCCCAGGCUACCGGCAGGAGCGUGUGGAGAAAGGCCUGAAGCUCUUCGCACACCUCAUCAACAAUAAAGUGUUCCUGUUAUCUUUCAUCCGCACUCUGGAGUCUCAACGCAGCUUUUCCAUGCGUGACCGAGGUAACGUGGCCUCUCUCAUCAUGACGGUACUGCAGAGCAAGCUGGAAUAUGCCACUGAUGUGCUGAAGCAGCUACUGGCUGACCUCAUUGACAAGAACCUGGAGAGCAAGAACCACCCCAAGUUACUGCUCAGGAGGACCGAGUCAGUGGCUGAGAAGAUGCUGACCAAUUGGUUCACUUUCCUCCUCUACAAGUUCCUCAAGGAGUGUGCGGGGGAGCCCCUUUUCUCCCUGUUCUGUGCCAUCAAGCAGCAGAUGGAGAAGGGCCCUAUCGAUGCCAUCACAGGAGAGGCCCGCUACUCCCUGAGUGAGGACAAGCUCAUCCGGCAGCAGAUCGAAUACAAGACCCUGGUCCUGAGCUGUGCCAGUCCAGAUAAUGCCAACAGCCCAGAGGUCCCAGUGAAGAUCCUCAACUGCGACACCAUCACACAGGUCAAGGAGAAGAUCCUGGAUGCCAUCUUCAAGAAUGUGCCAUGCUCCCACCGGCCCAAGGCUGCAGACAUGGACCUGGAGUGGAGACAAGGAAGUGGGGCCAGGAUGAUCCUACAGGAUGAAGAUCUCACCACUAAGAUUGAGAAUGACUGGAAGAGACUCAACACAAUAGCCCACUACCAGGUGCCGGAUGGUUCUGUGGUGGCUUUAGUGUCCAAGCAAGUGACAGCCUAUAAUGCAGUGAACAACUCCACAGUCUCCAGGACUUCAGCAAGUAAAUAUGAAAACAUGAUCCGGUACACAGGCAGCCCUGACAGCCUCCGUUCCCGAACACCCAUGAUCACCCCUGACCUGGAAAGUGGAGUCAAGCUGUGGCACCUGGUGAAGAACCAUGAGCAUGGAGACCAGAAGGAGGGCGAUCGGGGGAGCAAGAUGGUGUCUGAAAUCUACCUGACACGACUAUUGGCCACCAAGGGCACACUGCAGAAGUUCGUGGAUGACCUCUUUGAGACCAUCUUCAGUACAGCCCACCGUGGCUCUGCUCUGCCCUUGGCCAUCAAGUACAUGUUUGACUUCCUUGAUGAGCAGGCUGAUAAGCAUGGCAUCCAUGACCCACACGUCCGCCACACCUGGAAAAGCAACUGCCUGCCCCUGCGGUUCUGGGUGAACAUGAUCAAAAACCCACAGUUUGUGUUUGACAUCCACAAGAACAGCAUCACGGAUGCCUGUCUUUCUGUGGUAGCCCAGACCUUCAUGGACUCCUGCUCCACAUCGGAGCACCGGCUGGGCAAGGACUCCCCCUCCAACAAGCUGCUCUAUGCCAAGGAUAUUCCCAGCUACAAGAACUGGGUAGAGAGAUAUUACUCAGACAUUGGGAAGAUGCCAGCGAUCAGUGACCAGGACAUGAAUGCAUACCUGGCCGAGCAGUCGCGGAUGCACAUGAAUGAGUUCAACACGAUGAGUGCGCUCUCAGAGAUCUUCUCCUACGUCGGCAAAUACAGUGAGGAGAUCCUUGGACCCCUGGACCAUGAUGACCAGUGUGGAAAGCAGAAACUGGCUUACAAACUAGAACAAGUCAUAACCCUCAUGAGCUUAGACAGCUGAGAACUGUCCUUCCAGGGCCAUCCUGGAGGGAGGGACACACCAAGCCGUGCCUCAGUCUAGAUUAUCAUCUUUACCAAGUGCAAGUUCCGACAGGCAUCAGCAGCAACCCCCCGAGCAGCGCCGUCUCUCCUUUUAUUUCUCUCCCUCCCUCUUUCCAGAGUCCCAUCUCUUUCCAUUGCUCCACCAGUGUGAUUGGACCACGUCACUGACCCUCAGUCAGUCCAGGGAUGGCCAGGCCCCAUGGUGAGAGACCUGACCAGAAGAUGUCAGAGUGAGGCUCUCCCUCCCAGCUGCUCCUGGCCCCAUGCAUCAGCAGCAGGGCUCAAAUAAGGAGGAGCUGAGGACAGAGAACGUUCCUAUGCUGCUACUUUACCUUCUGCGUUGAGAAUCCCCACUGUGGUCCGAAACCUGGCUCCGGGAAGCAACUGUGAGCUCAGUAUUAUCUGAAGUAGGAGACAUCACUCGCAUCUCCCUUUCCACACACUCAACAACAAGGGGGCAGGCAGUGACCUGGGUGUUUUGUAACUGUGAGAAAAAGGCCUUGCCUCCUACAGAUGUUGGAGCAGGGACCAGUGGAAGUUUAAAGAUGCUCUCCCAGGGCCCGCUAUCUACCUGUUUGAUGUCCAGCAGCCUUCUGUCCCCUCCCAAUAUCCUUGGAGGCCUUCCAAGUAUCCAUUCAGACCUUUCUCCCCUUCCUAUGAAAAGUCAGACCGGGGAAAACUAACAGUUACAUUCCACCAUGGAGAUGCUCCUACAUCAUCUAAUCUGGUUCCUAAAAAAAGAAAUGUAACAUGGAAAGAGAGAGAGAGAGAAAAGGAAAGAGUAUCAUCUAUGCCAGAAGCAACAUUGAUUGUUCUCUGUUCACCCCUAAGUUCAAAUGCAUCCUGACUGUAGUCAAAGGUCCAUUGCCAGAAUCUCACGUGUUGUCUAGAGAAGGCAUCUCCAUGCUCCUUUGUCACCGUCAUCAAAGAUCACAGUGAAAUGAAGAGUACAUCUAGGAGAUUCUACCUCCAGCCGUCUCCAAGGCUCCAUCUCUACUGUCUUUGAGAACACCCUAGAAGGCCAGGGCAGACAGCCCAACCCCUGUCCCUCCUGCAGAAUCUGGUGCCAUUGCUAUGCAGAUGACUUUGUCACUGGACUGUCCAGAGCUCUGUGGGAAUUGUUUAUUCAGCACAUCAUCUGUCUCUUCAGUGGAUCUUCUUCCUUAUCCCUUCUGAAGUCAUCAUCAGAGGAAACAUAAUUAAUCACAGCCUCACCAAGACAAAGCAAGAUGCCAACCAGCCUCAGCCACCAGCUUGUGCCUGGAAUGGACUGGAGAGGCAAGUGAGGGACCUGGUUGGAUACAGAGAAAAGUGCAUACCACUAACCAUGACCUUGGCAUUUAUCUUUCCAUGUGUUUUCCCAUCUAUAGAUAUGCCAUUUUGUGUUAACCCAUCAAGCAAAUGUGUGCUCAGAAAUGUAAUGGUUAUGACAAGAGGUGUUUACUAGUGGGUCUUGGGAACCUACAGUCUUGAAGGGAUCUUAGUGAAUGAUCUAGUCUCUACCAUAAGCAAGAAUCUCUUUAGACAGCUCGAGUCUGUUGUCCACCACUUAUGCAGACACAAGAGGCAUUGGAGAAGGCGGUAUUAAUAGCAUUCCACAUUCUUACCUUCCUUCAUUCUCCAUGCAUUACAUGUCAUUUCUUCCCAUCACUCAGAAUGAGCCUCACAUGGAGAAAGAGCUGUACCAUUUCAAGCCAAGUCCAUGUGUCAUCCUGUACCUUUCAGGACAUCGAGACCCUUGGCAGGGUUGAGGAAGGCACCUAGGAAUCUGCAUGGAAAGAUUUCUUAUCCCACGUAGGAGGAUGUUGAGAUGGUCUCCUUCUCUGUCCCCUGGCUCAUGUUCUGUGUCAGUAUACUUCACUGAGUGUUCGUCAUGUGUGUGGUGAGAGCAUUCUUCUGUCCAUAGGAAAUCAGGAUGUCACCUGCCAAGGCUGAACUCUGGCAGCCCAGAGCAGCACCAUGUGGCAUUGCUGUGGACAAAAUGGCAAAGACACUCCAAUGUAGGAAAAAGGAUGAAAGUCUGGGGAAAGAGGCAUUGGAAGUGGGGAGGGUAAUGAAAAGAAAAAACAAACAAACAAACAAAAAACCACCAGAGGUUUCGGCAAAGCAAGUACCAGGUGGAGACAUAUGGAAUUUCUAUCAGUGACUAUUUUAUUCUCCCAUGAAGCCAUGGGACCUGGCAGGCUUCAGGGUGCAUGCGGCGGGGGAUCAGGCUGAGGGAGCACCUCAGCUGAGAAGGUAUUUUUGCACAUAUGAAGGGUUGGGGAGGAGAGAGCCAUGAACAUAUUUAACACAGAAUUGCAGGAUGGAAGCUGUGUGUGUGUGUGUGCAUGGGUGAGUGUGCUUUGAUUUUUAAGUUUUGCAUAGUUAGAGAAAAAUGAACAGCAGCAACAAGAGACUGUUACCAUGGCUUUGCUGACAUGCCCCCCCCCCCACACACACACACACACUGGAUGAUUUUACUGUUAUUAUUAUUUUGUCGGUACAGAAUUUUUUUCCUUGCUUUUGUUAACAAGCAAAACUUCAAACACCUCAGAGAAAUACACAUAUCAGGAAGAAAGAGGCGGGGACAGUCUUGCCUGGGUUUCCUGGGUCUCCUCAUUUCUCUUGAGAGGCCUUUGGGCAGAUUCUUUCCCUUUAAUUGGUGAUGUGGGUUUUUUCUGGCACUUCAUAGGCAGUCCUUGUGGCCUGCUUGGAGACUCAGAAAUCAAGGCCCAUCUUGCCUGUAAAAACAAACAAAAACUUUCCUUUUGCUGUUUGUUUGCUUGUUUUUGUUUUCCAUUUUAUUUUAUUUAUUUAUUUUUUUUUUGUGAGUGUGAUACAUUUAAAAGCAAGGUUAGGCAAAGUUGUUUGAAAUCUGUCACAUCCUCCCAGAUCUUCCUUCACAACUCCCCCUUGAGAUUCUCUAGCUCCUCUUAGCAGUGAGAGAGACCCUGAUGGUCUGUGAGCUCUCAGAGAACGAAGUCAGAGAAACUAGGACAUAAGACACAGUGGUGCCUCGCCCACCCCUCCUCCAGAGUUCACUUGCGGGGUGUUGUGGAUCUGCCGAAGAUAGAACCUUUGUUUAUCUCUUGGAGUUUGUUCAGCGGGUAUGGGUGGGGUAGUAGAUAGCCUCUCUCACCCCCUCUUCACCCCACCUCUGCAUCCUCCUGCUCCUGACACCACUGGUCAAAAUGGUACUGAUCACACAUCCCAAAUGACUGACCAAGUGAGGAUUUGAAUUUUGAAAGGAGAAGACUAUCAGGGAGCAUGGGGUUUGAUGGGGUCCUGAAAGUAAAAGAAUGGGUAGAAGAAACCUAGGGAGGUAUCUGCAGGCUGGUUACUCCUCUGUGGCAUGUUUGUCUCUGUAGGUGUGGGCGUGGUCUGGUCAUGUCUUCAUCCUUCCCUGUAAGGAGACACAGUGAUGUUUCUUAGUGCCAUGAAGUUGUUAGCGUUUGUGUCAGUGACUUCCUCAGGAAAAUACUUUCUUGCCUUCUUCUUUCAAUACAGUUUUAAACUUGGGGACAGAGGACAAACAGAGAACCCUCCUCCCAGACUAAGGUACUUUGCAACCCUGUGCAGCAUACAUGACCAGAGCUAGCCCCUGGAGCCUUCAUGUUGGGAAUCCACAGACCUGGAGUGAGCUCAGGGUGGGUGCCUGAGUGGGGCCACAUUUAGGAAGAGAAAUGCUUUCAAUGAAUCAAUCCCACAGCUCAAGGCACAGUAUACAGGACGAUUCCAAAGAAGCAGGAGUUGCUAACAGACCAAGUCUUUCUGUGCUUGUAGACUCUGGUCCUGCUUCCACUGGGUUAAUGUUGAUAUAAUACCCAGCACAUCCACCACCCUAACAUCCCAUUCCAGAGGUGCAUGGUGUUCAUGUACCAACCUACACCCCCACUCCCACCCCAUGUGCAUGUCUGUCUCCUGACUGUGCCCCACUCUGGCAGCUAGCUUUCUCCCUGUUCCUCCUUGACCCUCCUGUACAAAAAGCCUCCCUGAGGCCAAAUACUGAUUUGGAUACAGGAGUUACUCAGUUCUUCAGUCCAUUAGAAGUGAGUGCUGUCCCAUCCUACCCUUGGCUACUUCCCCUGAGCAAGAAGGUAUCCUCUCCUCCAGCCAGUGCCCGGUGGGUCCUCUGUUAGAGGAGACACAAGCCAUGGCAUCCCAAAUGAUCUCUAAGAGGCAAGGCUCUGCCACACUUUCUAGGACCCUGGGUGAUGCUACUGUGGUCUAUCCCGGCCUAAUCGCCUCUCAUUUGGACACAAAUAGGAGAGGUUCCUUUCUGUCUUGUAUCCUAGGACUCUCUGCUUUGCCUUCACCAGACAGCAAGUAAAUACUUCAUCUUGAGAAAGGCCAAUUUUCCUGUAAUGAGGAAUAAAUUUCCCCCCUUCUCACAGAGAGCCCCAGGAUCCAGGAGAUGACUGAUAGGAGGAGGUACUCAGCUUAUGUCCCUUCCAAGGGCAGUACCCAGUGACAGUUCCAGCAAGCUCCUAACAGGAGCGUGGGGUUCAGGGGCAUUUCUGUGAGUGAACCAAGGUGACCCUGUGCAGGUAGCUGGCUGUCCUGCCUCUUCUCUGGCCUUCCCUCCAUGUUCCUCAUCCAUAUCAAGGGUCUCCACCCAUCCUUUCAGGACAAGGGGGCCUGACUAUACAGCCCUUCCCUUUGGAAAAAAAAGCUGUGGGACAUUUGAUUGGGGUUUGUAGUUCCUUAUUUAUUUGGUCGCUUAAGAAUUUGAAUGUAACGAGGGAGCCUGGCUGUGGAUGUAAAAUGACUGAGAGGAAGAGUUAAGCAGGAUUCUUAAAUUCUUCCAGUGACUUCUAAGCAGAUGAGGCUAGCUUAGCGGUGGGAGUAAGAAAGCCUCUCCAUUAGUAAGUAAAAUGGUCCAGAAAUGCCCCAUGUGAACUGUGAACCUGCUAGGGGAAGCAUCCUCAUGGCUGCUAAUACCCUCAUGCUUCCCCUGCCCUUUUGACAGACAGAGGCCACUCCUCCCGUCUCUGGUGGAUUCACCCCAGGGCACUCUGCAUGGAAUCAACGCAAGCUUUGUUACUAUAAGUGGAUAGUUGGGGUACUAUUCCAGGUAAUAGUAAAGGGGCAACUCCCGAAAGAGGCUUGUAAGUUUCUCCUGGUGCUCUGAGAGGCCACCCCAUGCCUCCCAUUUAGAAAGCAAUCACUGCAGGAAAUACUUUUAAUAUUAGGAGAGACCUUUUGUUUUACUACAAAUCAUGGCUCUUCAAUAAUAUUGCGUUUUAUUAGAGGGAGCAUCCAAGUUGUAAAAAGUAUUUAAGUCUUUUGGUUGGAAAGACAGACGUCUUCCUUAGCAUCCGCUGGAAUCCCUUGAGUAGACUGAUGGCUGUUGGGAAGCUGAGCAGAGCAAACAGUUCCUGAGGAGUGAAGAGAACGUGUUCUAGCUCCUGGAAGAGAUGGAGAGGGCUCUAACUGGUGGGGUCAUUAGUUGGGGAGUCUCACAUCCCUCCUCUCUCUCCAUUCCUCCCUCUCCCUUGGGUUCCUAUCUAGUCCUGUCUCUCUAAGAUGUCUCUGGAAUUAAUGAAUCCUUCAUAUUGUUUCUCAGCUUCUUUCAAACUACACUGAAGCUGAAUUUGGGGGACCCCAAGCUCCCCCCACCCAAUAACACAAAAGCAAGUGGACAGUCGUUCAGCCAGUUUCUGCCUCUUCUGCCCAUUUCUUUUGUUUGUAUCUUUAAACUUAAGACUCAAGCACAUGUUGGAAGGGCUCCCUUAUGAGAGUAGAGUUCCAAACAGAGGGUACAGUUAAACAGCACCCCAAAGACACUCUAAAGCAGAGAACACUUCAGCAAGCAGAACUGAGGAAUGUUCCUGUGCAGAGAUCAGUUCCAUUCGAGCAAGAGGCAAAGAUGGGCUAUGUGUCCUGUCUACCCUCCCGCCCCUUCCCUGCCGUUCUUGUCAGCUUGUAGGCUUAUGAAAUCUUCCGUUCUUCACAAAUAAAAGCUAGUUUACCUCAAAGAAUCUUGUUUCCAUUUGGAAACCAAUGACAUGGCUUGAGAAUGGAUGACCCUCCCCACGUCCCUCCCUGCCUAGGCCUGGUGUGCUUGGGGCUGAUCUUAGCUUCUUCCUGGGUUGGCUGCUCUGCAAAGGAACCAGGUCCCCAGGCCUGAAAUGGGAAGGAAGGAUUGGAUGCAGCCUUCCUCCCCACUUAGCAUGUAGGGAACAGCCUCUGUCUCUUCCAGCAGGGUCCUGUGAAGUUACCAUAGCAACCAGCAACUCCAGGUACCACAAAAGACAAUGGCUCCAAGAACUGAGGUGUGGGAGAGAGUAGGGGUUCUGGCUUGGUCAGAGCACCCAGAAUUAGGCCCCAGAUGCUAGGAGGGCAAAGAAGGAAGAGAAAUAGAAAUGGACGCGUGAAUGGAUUAAGCAGCUGCAGGGGCCUUGGGAGUCUGAGGAGUGAGAGGCGGGACAGGCCAUUUCUGUUCUCCUCAUCGCUUAGCCCUUCUCAGCGUGCUCCACUUCUGUUCCAAACCUCUCACCUUGAAGACUGACCCUGCGAGAGCAGAAAGCAGAGUAUACCUUUAGACAGCAGUGUUACCCUGAGCCUCAAGGACAGGUGAAUGGGGUCUCUGAAGAAAAAAAAAAGAGAGAGAGAGGGUCUUCUGGUUUUGAU